AUGAACGAAUGCGGACAUUGUUUUGUGAAAAUUGGCGAGGAACCGGCCAUUUUGGCCAAUGGAAAGGUGCGUUUUUAAAAUGUUUUAUUAUAUUUUAUAUUUACAAGCCUGAGCGCUCACAGGUAAUUUUCAGGUAAUUUUCGGCAGUUUGCCGUUUCUAAAAGCCUAGUUCUGUUUUGUCCGGUCCGUCUUUCUUUCUGCUGCCCUCAGCGGACAUACAAACAGACAGACGCCUCUUGUGUUUUUAUAUGUAAGAAAGAUAUAAUUUUCAACUUUUUUUCAGGUGUGGCACGUGAAUCAUCUUCUGUGCGAUUUGUGCAAUUGCCGUAUAAACGACGGCGAGAGGUAGAAUAACCCAGAAAAAUCUGCGAAAAAAAAAACAAGUUUUCAGAUGCGUUCCGCAAAAUGGAAUAAUAUUGUGCGGUGAUUGUCACAUCAAAACGACGCGUCCGAUUUGCAAAGGUAUUUGAAAGAAUUUUAUUUGCUCUUCAAAAUUAGAUACACUGAGAACGUUCUUCCUAAUAGGGCUAUUCAGCGUAUGUUUGUUUUCCGAUUUUUUCGUUUUUUUUACAUCGCUGAAUUGGAUUUUUUGACGUAAAAAAACGAAAAAAACGGAAAACAAUCAUUUUUUUCACAGCCUGAAUAACCCCAUAAGAAAACUUGCUUUCAGCGUUAAAAGCUUUGGUAAAAUUGAGAAAAACCAUUUUUGAAACUGUAAAUUUUCGUUUCUUUGUUAAUCGGCUAAAUGAGUCGGUAUCGACAUUUUGAAAUGAAUUCUUUGAAGCGGUACAUAUUAUCUCGAAAAACGUGUUUACAACUUCUCAACCUGUAAAUCAGUACAAUAAAUGCUCGUGAAACCAUUGAAAAUUUAUUUUCAGGCUGCGGAGAGUUCAUCCAGACGAACGUGUGCGAGGCGCUGAACGCCACGUGGCACCCGACGUGCUUCCAGUGCUCGGUGUGCCAGAAGCCGUUGGAGACGGACUUCCACCAGAUGCCCAACCGCAUGUGCGUCCAUUCCGACUGCUUCUGGGACCUUCAGCUUCGGAUCGUCGUCUGCAAAGACCUCCCGAAAUGA